AUCUCUUCCACUUCGCCCUCAAUCCAGUGCGGGCACGGCAAGCCUCCACCUCGGGCAACGGCUAGAGGUGUAGCGGUGCCUGAAUUGGCUACGGUAUUUUCCCAGCCCGAGGACAUGUAGAAAUGUUAUUUGUUUAAUGUCAAGCUAAGGUUGGUAUCGUUUACUCUUCUUUACUUUGUUCCCUCAUCCGAGAGCUUUUCCAUUCGCAGUAUUAUAUAUUCAAGUCCCGAGUCCUUACAAUGGCGCCUUCAUUGGAAAACAACCCUGCAUUCAACCGUAUCCCACCGUGGGUAAAGGCGAAGCUGAGGCCACAGGCCAUCGAGAUCAUCCAAAGAGUCUACGAUUGGGUUGAGACCGAGUGUAUUCCUGCGGAGCGCGUCGUGCAGGCACAAUUGCAGAACAACCGGUGGAAGACCGCCCCCUUGAUUCACGAACUGCGAAAGAAGGCGAAGGCCCAAGGCCUCUUCAACAUUUUCUUGCCGAACCACUUCAAGGAAUCCCCAGGUUUGACGAACCUCGAGUACGCAUGCUGUGCAGAGAUUAUGGGAAGAUGCUAUUGGGCAGCGCAAACCAUGAACUGCCAUGCCCCGGAGACUGGCAACAUCGAACUGCUCGCCAAGUACUGCAAUGACGCGCAGAAAGAGAAGUGGCUCAAACCUCUCAUGGACGGCGACAUGUCCUCCGCCUACAGCAUGACCGAGCCCGACCGCGCCAGUUCCGACGCCACCACCAUCGCCUGCAGCAUGAAGCGCGACGGCGACGAACUAGUCAUCAACGGUCGCAAACUCUAUGGUAACUCCCAAAUGAACGACGAGCUCGGCAUCUACAUCCUCAUGGGCUGUUCUGACCCGGAGAACCCCAACCCCUGGGCCCGCCACACCAUGGUCAUCGUCCCCGCCCGUAGCAAAGGCCUCACCAUGAAGCGCAAUCUUACCAUCAUGGGCUACGACCACGCACCCGAAGGCCACGGCGAGUACGUUUAUGAGAACGUGCGCGUCCCCGCGGCGAACAUAAUCCUCGGCGAAGGGCGCGCGUUCGAGAUCGCGCAGGGCCGGCUCGGUCCCGGCCGCAUCCACCACUGCAUGCGGCUGAUCGGGCAGACGGAGCGGGCGUUCGAGCUGGCGCUGAUCCGGUGCAUCGAUGAGCGGAAGAAACCGCGCGGGAAGCUGAUCGGGGAGUUCGACAGCAACAUCGAGCGGGUGGCGUACAUGCGGAUGCGGCUGGACAGCAUGCGGCAGAUCGUGAUGAACGCGGCGGACACGAUGGAUAUCAUGGGGAACAAGGCAGGGCGGUAUGCGAUUGCGCAGAGCAAGGUGCUGAUUCCGAAGAUGGCGGCCGAUAUCAUCGAUGAGUGUAUGCAGAUUUGGGGCGGGCAGGGGCUCACGCAGUAUACGGCGCUGCCGGAGAUGUGGACGUAUGCGAGGUUUGUUAGGUUAGCGGAUGGACCGGAUAGCUCGCAUGCUCAUCAGGUGGGACGAGAUCAGAUGAAGACGGCGAAGGGCUUCGAGACGAGGCAUAAACAAUACCAGCAGAGGUAUCAUGAGUUGUGCAAACAAUGGAAUGUUGAGGAAGAUAUAUUCUAGGUUUUAGAGAUACAUUUUGGGUUUGUCGGCUCUUAAAAUCCACCUGCACCGAUCGUCACAUCCAUUCUCCAAUGCCGAUAUGGCUCAUGAAUUUAUAACUUCAAGUGAAAAUGCAUUGCUCGCUAACUAUCAGAAAUCAUAGUUUUGCCUUUGCCGCUCGCGUCGCCUCAAUCAGCCUC